AGUACUUCAAUCCUUUUUAUACAGUUUGUUUUUAAAGUGUACUUAAAAAUCACCAUGAACCUAAUCCAGCACAAGCCACCUUGUUGCUAUAAAUACAGCCUGAAACACAGCUGUGUAGUGCUUGGAACUUUAAACGCAUUAAUAUCACUUGUACUUUUGGUCAUAAUGUCCUAUUUGACUAUAAUUUUCGCUAUAUUUAAAAACGGUUUCAAUGAUAAUGAUCCCGGGAACGGGAUUUAUCCGCUGUAUCUAUUGUCACUUGUUGUGAUUGCCAUUCUUCUUGUCAAAUUGACUUUGGACGUUAUCUUCGUUUAUGGCGUUAUUAAGAAACACAUGACUAUCAUCAGAGUGUAUUUCUUCGUUUCGCUCGCUAUAUUCAUUUUGAUAACCGGAUUUGUAAUAUACGAGAGUGUUGUAAAUGGUUACGUUGGAGCUUCGUUCGUGGAAUUAAUGUUUUAUAGUCUCGAUAUCACCACAAUUUUCCUCAGUUACUUUUACAGUGAAGAACUAAAAAGUUUAGUAAGGGAUGAAGUCUAAAAUAAGGUUUUAUUAACUAAUGUUAUGUAUUCGAAAAAUAUAUUAAUUAAUAAUUAUGGUUAAUUAUAUUUUUAUAUUCGGCUGCUGGAGUAUGUGAUGUUCCUUAUCAUAGUUUUUCUUUCUGUAAUGGAAUGUAAAACAUCUUGCCACUAUUAUACAACUAAAAAAUCACUUCGGUUUUCA